AUUAUUAUUAUAAUUAUUAUAAUGUUAAUUUCAAUCUACUUUAUUAAAUCAAAACACCCUUUAAGAAUGGGAAUUACUUUAAUCUUUCAAUCUAUCUGUAUUAGAAUACUAACUGGAAUAAUCAGCUCAUUUCUAUUUUCUUAUAUCAUAAUAAUAAUUAUAUUAAGAGGGAUAUUAGUUUUAUUUAUAUACAUAUCAAAUGUGGCCUCUAAUGAAAAAUUCUAUAUAACAAGCAAAAACUCAUUAUUAAUUUUAUUAAUUCCACUUCUCAUAAUAAAACAAGACUCAAUUAUAUACAAUUUACAUAAUUAUAAAACUAAUUCCACAAUAAAAUAUGAUAUUUCCACCUCCUUAAGAAAGCUGUUUUCAUCAGAAACAGUACCUUUAAUUAUAAUAAUAGUUUUAUAUUUAUUCUUCACUAUAAUUGUUAUUUCAUCAAUUGUAAAUAUUCAUGAAGGGCCAAUACGCUCGAAAAGAUAA